UCCAGGAAUUUGUGGCGGAGAGGGCAAAUAACUGCGGCUCUCCAGGCGCCCAGAUGCUCGCACCAUGUCGAGGCGCAAGCAGGCGAAAUCCCAGCACAUCAACUCCGAGGAGGACCAGGGCGAGCAGCAGCCGCAGCAGGCGACCCCGGAGUUUGCAGAUGCGGCCCCAGCGGCGCCCGCGGCGGGGGAGCCGGGUGCUCCAGUGAACCACCCAGGGAAUGACGAUGAGGCGGGUGAGGACGAAGCCACAGUAAAGCGGCUUCGUCGGGAGGAGACGCACAUCUGCGAGAAAUGCUGCGCGGAGUUCUUCAGCAUCUCUGAGUUCCUGGAACAUAAGAAAAAUUGCACUAAACACCCACCUGUCCUCAUCAUGAAUGACAGCGAGGGCCCGGUGCCUUCAGAAGACUUCUCUGGAGCUGUACUGAGCCAACAGUCCCCCAGUCCCAGCAGUAAGGACAGUCACAGGGAGAAUGGUGGCAGCUCAGGGGACAUGAAGGAGAAGCCAGGUGCGGAGUCUGUGGUGUACCUAAAGACAGAGACAGCCCUGCCACCCACCCCCCAGGACAUAAGCUAUUUACCCAAAGGCAAAGUGGCCAACACUAACGUGACCUUGCAGGCACUACGGGGCACCAAGGUGGCAGUGAAUCAGCGGAGCGCGGAUGCCCUCCCUGCCCCUGUGCCCUGUGCCAAUAGCAUCCCGUGGGUCCUGGAGCAGAUCUUGUGUCUGCAGCAGCAGCAGCUCCAGCAGAUCCAGCUUACUGAGCAGAUCCGCGUCCAGGUGAACAUGUGGGCCUCCCACGCCCUCCACUCGAGUGGGGCAGGGGCCGAAACGCUGAAGACCCUGAGCAGCCACGUGUCCCAGCAGGUGUCUGCAGCUGUGGCUCUGCUCAGCCAGAAAGCUGGAAGCCAAGGUCUGUCUCUGGAUGCCUUGAAACAAGCCAAGCUACCUCACGCCAACAUCCCUACUGCUACCAGCUCCCUGUCCCCAGGGCUGGCGCCCUUCACUCUGAAGCCGGAUGGGACCCGGGUGCUCCCGAACGUCAUGUCCCGCCUCCCGAGCGCUUUGCUUCCUCAGGCCCCAGGCUCGGUGCUCUUCCAGAGCCCUUUCUCCACCAUGGCGCUAGACACAUCCAAGAAGGGGAAGCGGAAGCCCCCAAACGUCUCCGCGGUGGAAGUCAAACCCAAGGACGAGGCGGUCCUCUACAAGCACAAGUGUCGGAGCAGUCUCCCUUCCACGUUUAUCCGAGCCCAGCCGACCUAUGUCAAGGUUGAAGUUCCUGGCACGUUUGUGGGACCCUCAGCCUUGUCCCCAGGGAUGACCCCUUUGUUAGCAGCCCAGCCACGCCGACAGGCCAAGCAACAUGGCUGCACACGGUGUGGGAAGAACUUCUCAUCUGCCAGCGCUCUUCAGAUCCAUGAGCGGACUCACACUGGAGAGAAGCCUUUUGUGUGCAACAUUUGUGGGCGAGCUUUUACCACCAAAGGCAACUUGAAGGUUCACUACAUGACACACGGAGCAAACAAUAACUCAGCCCGCCGUGGAAGGAAGCUGGCCAUCGAGAACACCAUGGCUCUGUUAGGUACGGACGGAAAAAGAGUCUCAGAAAUGUUUCCCAAGGAAAUCCUGGCCCCCUCUGUGAACGUGGACCCUGUUGUGUGGAACCAGUACACCAGCAUGCUCAACGGUGGUCUGGCCGUGAAGACCAAUGAGAUCUCUGUGAUCCAGAGUGGGGGCGUUCCUACCCUCCCGGUUUCCUUGGGGGCCAGCUCCGUGGUGAAUAACACCACUGUCUCCAAGAUGGAUGGUUCCCAAUCAGGUAUCGGUGCAGACGUGGAAAAACCAGGUGCUACUGACAGCGUUCCCAAACACCAGUUUCCUCACUUCCUGGAAGAAAACAAGAUUGCGGUCAGCUAAGCUAAAGGAGAACGUGCAUGGAAGGAGAAGGGCAGACAGUGAAGUCUCUAGAAUCUGCUUUGUUUCGUGAGAACUCAUUUCCUCCUGUUUUCUUUUUCUCACUGAUAUGCAAAUGAUGUUUACCCUGGUUGUGACCACAACCUCAGGCAAGUCCUACAAUCACGAUUGUUGCUAUGCUGCUUUGCAAAAAAUUGAAAAAAAAAAAAAAAUUCAUACCAAAACAAAUAGACUUUUGUUUUGUUUUUUGUUUUUUUGAGGCGGAGUUUCGCUCCAUCACCCAGGCUGGAAUGCAGUGGUGUGAUCUCAGCUCACCACAACCUCCGCCUCCCGGGUUCAAGCCAUUCUCCUUCCUCAGCUUUUGAAUAGCUGGGAUUAUAGACACAUGGUACUGUGCCCAGCUAAUUUUUAUAUUUUGAGUAGGGAUGGGGGUUUUUCAUUAAAUUGGCCAGGCUGGUCUUGAACUCCUGACCUCGUGGUCCACCUGCCUUGGCUUCCCAAAGUGCUGGGAUUACAACCAUGAGCCACUGUGCCCGGCACUUUUUUUUAAUGUUGGAAAGAAGCGGGUCUUGCAAAGUAGCUUUGUUAACUUGUAACAGACGUAUAUGUAGAGCCUCUGUACAACCUAGAAUGACUUUUUCCAAAGACUUUCAAGGUAGGACUGUUGGAACUUCCAACAGUGGAAAAGACAACUACAUAGCCUGAUUAAGGGAGAGGGUUCUGUAUUCUUCCUCUCUCUAACUCUAUACUUCCAUGGGACUGUACAUGCGGGUAAAAGGACAAGGUCUGUCAUCUCUUUAGGGACCUGUUUUCUAUGCCCCAAUCCUGUUCCCAUUUUUUUUUUUUUUUGAAUGUACUUAAAAAAGGAACAACAAAAAACUAAGGUUGUAGAAUUAUAAAAUUGCUUCAGCCUUAGAACCUUGAGUAGGAUCCCCUCAAAUGGACUUACGUCAGUCCUUAGGGAGUCAAUGUACGUGUUGCUGCUUAUUUAAAUACAGUUCAGUCGGAGCCCUGAGAGUGCCAAUAUUUUCCCCACACCUCUUAGAUGCCUUCCUCUUCCUGAACCCUAGAAGUGGUGGGCGCCUGAGCGGGGAAUCUCAGGUGACUUAACUUACUUUGCCAGUGCCUACUCUAUUGAAGAACUGGGUUUUCAUUCUCGAGAAGAAACUCGUGGAAGGGCGUGUUUCCUAUCACAGGUUCACAUGCUGAUUUUUUUGUUGGUGAAUUUCCUUGGUGUGACUUCUGCCAAGUAAUUAUGAAGAUUUUUUGUUUGU